AUGGUGGUGUCACAAUUCAACGGCUCAGAUACGAGACGUAUGUGGCGGGGUCUACAGGAAAUCACGGACUACAAAAACCAAAACAGCCACGUCACAGACACCGACGUCACGCUUCCAGACAAACUAAACUCCUUCUUCGCUAGCUUUGAGGAUAAUACAGUGCCACCAUCGCGGCUCACAAACAAAGACUGCACCCUCCCCCUCUCCUUCUCUGUGGCUGACAUGAGUAAAACAUUUAAACGUGUUAACUCUCACAAGACUGCUGGCCCAGACAGGAUCCCUAGCCGCGUCCUCAGAGCAUGCGCAGACCAACUGGCUGACUCUGACAGAGAAUUGGAAGAAGGUCAUGUAUCUACCCAGGCCAGAGAACCAGCCGUAAAAGACAAAAGGCGGUCUCCCCCUUCGGACAGGCCUCCCACCUCCCCCCACGCCAACCCUCACCACAGUGCCUCCCCAGAGGACCAGGAGAGCCCGGAGAGAGUGGUUCAGAAAGAGAAACUGCAUGCAGAGCUGAAACAGGUGCUGAGUCUGAAGAGAAGUCACCUGAAAGAGUCGUCUCGUUUGGCCCAAACAGAGAUGGAUUCCUCAACAGAGGUCCAAGCAGUGGAGGAGACUGCAUCUGAGGAGGUGGAGGUUGUGGUAGAGACAGAGGCUGAGGCUGGAGCCAGUGGCUACAGUGUCACAGGUGGAGGGGAGCGAGGCCUCUUCAUUAAGGACGUCCUUAAAGACUCCACUGCAGCAAAGCAUCUUAGCCUCCAGCAAGGAGAUCAGUUGCUCAGUGCAAGAGUCUACUUUGACAAUGUGAAGUAUGAAGAUGCCCUGAAGAUCUUGCAGUGUGCAGAGCCUUAUAAAGUCUCCUUUUUCCUGAAGAGGACCAUCGCCGGCGCUGAUGUCACCAUGCACCCUGGCCCCACCAGCUUGGAACUGAAAGGACCCAAAACCAAGAUGCAGAAAAUGAGUGUCAAGAGCAUCAAACCUUUCAAAGCGAAGAAAAAGAGGGGAGGACGUUUUGGAUUGAAAAGGCUGAAGGAAAACAAGAAAGGGAGCACUGGAGCAGAGUUGGAGAUGGAGGGAUCGCCUUCCAACGUGGAGCUCAACCCCGUCGACGUGGAGUUUGCCUUCCCCAAGUUCAAGCUGAGGAAGGAUGGGAAGGCAGAGGGAACUGAGCAGCAUGGAGGAGUGGUCGCCACUGGCAGGAAGAAGAGGAUGAUAAGGUGUCCCAGGAUGAACGCAAAGGGUGCAGAGGUGGCUACAGGAGAAGUUGACAUGACGCAACCAGAGGGACAGGCUGACGUCUCCCUGCCAGACGUGCCUGGAGCUAAGGUCAAAGUCAAAGGAAAGGGCCACAGGUUCGGAAUUCAUUUCCCUAAAACAAAAAAGACAACAUCGGACACUGCCUUGUCUGAAGGGUCUCUGGAGCUGAAACCUCCAGAUGUCAAAUUCACACCACCCUCAGUGGAAUUCAGUUCGCCAUCUGGAAACAAGGAAGUCAACCUACAGAAACCAGAAGUGAGAGUCAAGGAGGGGUCAAAGUCUAUGCACCGAGAGGUGGAGCUUUCACUAGGACUCCCCUCAGCCCGACCCUCUGAUGCAAUUGAUGGUGAGAUAAAAGCAAAAGGUUUAUCUGAAGGAGUUGAAGGGUCAACAGGCCUGUCUGGCAUUAAAAUGCCAGCUAUUGACAUCUCUACACCCAACAUCGAUCUGCAGCUGGACACCCAGAGUAGAGUGCCAGACGAGAUAGAGGGACCCUUUUUUAAAGGGCCAAAUAUAUCCAUGCCAAAAACUGACAUCUCACGACCAAAGAUUGGAUCAUCUGAUAUGGAUAUUGAAGGUCCAGAAAAGGGUGGAAAAAUGAGCCUACCAGCUGUUGACAUUUCACUGCCAAAGAUGACAUCAGGAGAAGCAAAUGAUGAUGUGGAAGGACACAUUGGAAAGGGAGGCAAGUUCAAAAUGCCAACUUUCGAUGUUUCUCUUCCAAAAUUCAAGUCUUCAGAGGAGGACAUGCAUAUAGAGGGGCCUGAAGUCAAAGGAGAGUUCAACAUGCCAAAAGUUGACCUUUUACGCCCGAAAGGUGAAGCGGGAGGUGAGGUGGACAUUGAAGGAUAUUUAGGAAAAGGAGGUACAUUUCAGAUGCCCACAUUUGACAAUUCUCUAGCAAAAAUGAAGUCAUCAGACAGAGAAAUUAAUGUAGAAGGACCUGAAGUGAAGGGUGGCAAAAUUCAAAUGCCCUAUGCUGACAUAUCUCUCCCUAAAGGAAAAACAGAGGGGAAAAUUAACAUUGAGGGACAUUCUGGAAAAGGAGGCAAGUUCAAAAUGCCCUCGUGUGACGUUUCUCUUUCUAAAAUGUUGGGCGAUGCUAGUUUAGAGGGACCUGAAUUGAAAGGGGGAAAGUUAGAAAUGCCCACACUUGAUAUUUCCCUUGCCAGAGGAAAAGCAGAGGGUGAAGUCAAUAUUGAUUCAAAUGUAGGAAAAGAAGGAAUGCUCAAAACGCCCACAAUUGACAUUCCUCCUCCAAAAAUGAGGUCGUCAGGAACAGAGGUCGAUGUAGAAGGGCCAGAUGUAAACGGAGGAAAGUUCCACAUGCCACAAGUAGACAUUUCACUUCCCAAAGGAAAAAGCGAAAUUGUCAUUGAGGGAAAGUCUGAAAAAAGAGGGAAGAUUCAAAUGUCCUCAUUUGAUGUCUCACUUCCAAAAAUCAAGUCAGCAGAGGGUGACAUGAAAAUAGAAGGAUCUGAUGUGAAAGGCAUCACAGUUCAUAUGCCCACUAUAGAUUGUUCACUUCCAACAGGAAAAACAGAAGUUGACAUCAGCGUUGAAGGAGAAGCAUCUAAAGGCGGAAAGUUUCACAUGCCUUCGCUUGAUAUUUCUCCUCCGACAGUGAAGUUCCCAGAGGGUAAAGCGAAAGUAAAAGGCCCUGAAAUCAAAGGGGAAAAGGUUGAGAUAACAAAUAUCGAUGUGUCCCUUCCAAAAGGCAAAACAGCGGGAGAAGUUAACGUUGAAGGCCAUGUCAGUAAAGGGGGAAAGUUUAAGAUGCCCAAAUUUGGCAUUUCUUUCCCGAAAUUUAAGUCACCAGAGGGUAAACUCAACACAGAGGGACCUGAAGUCAAAGGAGGGAAGUUUCACAUGCCUAAAAUUGACAUUUCACUACCAAAAGUAAAAGCGGAAGGUGACAUCAAAGUUGAAGGAGAUUCUGACAUUUCCCUUCCAAAAAUGAAGUCACCAGACGCAGAUAUCCUUUUAGAAGGACCAGACCUCAAAGGAGGAAAGUUUCAUAUGCCAACAAUUGACCUUUCCCUUCCAAAAGGAAAGGGAGAAAUUGACACUGAAGAACAUUCUGGAAAAGGAGGCAAGUUCCAAAUGCCAGCAUUUGAUAUAUCACUUCCAAAAAUGAAGACACCAGAUAGUGAAGUCAGCCUAGAAGGCCCUGAAGUCAAAGGGGGGAACAUUAAUAUGCCAACGAUGAACAUUUCUCUUCCAAAAGGAAAAAUGGAAGGAGAAGUUAAGGAACAUGCAAUCAAAGGGGACAAGUUUCACAUGCCCUCGGUUGACAUUUCCCUUCCAAAAAUGAAGUUGCCUGAAGGUAAAGUCAAAGUAGAAGGCCCUGAAGCCAAAGGGGGAAAGAUUGAAAUGCCAUCGACUGAUAUUUCACUUCCCAAAGGAAAAAUGGAGGGAGAAAUUGACAUUGAAGAACAUUCUGGAAAAGGAGGACGAUUUCAUAUGCCUACAUUCAACGUCUCCCUUCCAAAAAGGAAGUCCCUAGAAGAAUAUGUCAGUUUAGAAGGACCGAGUGUCAAAGGAGGGAAGUUUCAUAUGCCCACAAUGGACUAUUCCCUUCCCAAGGGAAAGGGUGAGAUUGAAACUGAAGGACAUUCUGGAAAAGGAGGCAAGUUCCAAAUGACCAAGUUUGAUGUAUCGCUACCAAAAAUGAAGCUCCCAGAGUGUGACAUCAAACUAGAGGGACCGGAAGGCAAAGGCAGUAAAAUACAUAUGCCUAACAUUGAUAUUUCUCUUCCCAAAGGGAAAACUGAAAGAGAUAUUCAGGUUGAGGGGCAUGGUGGCAAAGGGGGGAAGUUUCACAUGCCCUCAAUUGACAUUUCCCUUCCAAAAAUGAAGUUGCCUGAAGGUGAAGUCAAAGUAGAAGGUCCAAAAGCCAAAGGGGGAAAGAUUGAUAUUUCACUUCCAAAAGGAAAAAUAGAAGGGGAAAUAGACAUUGAAGGACAUUCUGAGAAAAAAGGAAAGUUUCACAUGCCCACAUUCGACAUGUCCUUGCCAAAAAUGAAGUCAAAAGAUGGUGACAUUAAAUUAGAGGGUCCAGAAGUGACAAGCAGUAAAGUACAUAUGCCUAAUAUUGACAUGUCUCUUCCAAAGGUGAAGGCAGAAAGUGAUAUUGAGGUUGAGGGGCAUGGUGGUAAAGGGAGAACGUUUCACAUGCCCUCACUUGACAUUUCUCUUCCAAAAAUGAAGUUACCUGAGAGUGAAGUUAAGUUAGAAGGCCUUGAAGCCAAAGGUGGAAAGUUUGAAAUUCCAACAAUUGAUAUUUCACUUCCAAAAGGAAAAGCAGAGGGAGAAACUGACAUAGAAGGACAUUCUGGAAAAGGAGGAAAGUUUCAUGCGCCCAAGUUUGAUGUAUCGCUACCAAAAAUGAAGCUCCCAGAGGGUGGCAUCAAACUAAAGGGACUGGAAGGCAAAGGCAGUAAAAUACAUAUGCCUAACAUUGAUAUUUCUCUUCCUGAAGGGAAAACUGAAAGAGAUAUUCAGGUUGAGGGGCAUGGUGGCAAAGGGGGGAAGUUUCACAUGCCCUCAAUUGACAUUUCUCUUCCAAAAAUGAAGUUGCCUGAAGGUGAAGUCAAAGUAGAAGGUCCAAAAGCCAAAGGGGGAAAGAUUGAAAUGCCAUCGACUGAUAUUUUACCACCCAAAGGAAAAAUGGAGGGUGAAAUUGACAUUGAAGGACAUUCUGGUAAAGGAGGACGAUUUCAUAUGCCAACAUUCAACGUUUCCCUUCCAAAAAUAAAGUCACCAGAACCAGAUGUCAGUUUCGAAAGACCAGACCUCAAAGGAGCAAAGUUUCAUAUGCCAAAAAUUGACUUUUCCCUUCCCAAGGGAAAGGGUGAGAUUGACACUGAAGGACAUUCUGGAAUAGGAGGCAAGUUCCAAAUGCCAGCAUUGGAUAUAUCACUUCCAAAAAUGAAGACACCAGAAGCGGAAGUCAGCAUAGAAGGCCCUGAGGUGAAAGGUGGAAAGUUUGAAAUGCCAAAGGUUGAUAUUUCACUUCCAAAAGGAAAAACAGAAGCGGAAAUAGACAUUGAAGGACAUUCUGAGAAAAAAGGAAAGUUUCACAUGCCCACAUUCGACAUGUCCUUGCCAAAAAUGAAGUCAAAAGAUGGUGACAUUAAAUUAGAGGGUCCAGAAGUGAAAGGCAGUAAAAUACAUAUGCCUAAUAUUGACAUGUCUCUUCCAGAGGUGAAGGCAGAAAGUGAUAUUGAGGUUGAGGGGCAUGGUGGUAAAGGGAGAAAGUUUCACAUGCCCUCACUUGACAUUUCUCUUCCAAAAAUGAAGUUACCUGAGGGUGAGGUCAAAGUAGAAUGCCUCGAAGCCAAAGGUGGAAAGUUUGAAAUUCCAACAAUUGAUAUUUCACUUCCAAAAGGAAAAGCAGAGGGAGAAACUGACAUAGAAGGACAUUCUGGAAAAGGAGGAAAGUUUCAUACGCCCAAGUUUGAUGUAUCGCUACCAAAAAUGAAGCUCCCAGAGUGUGGCAUCAAACUAGAGGGACCGGAAGGCAAAGGCAGUAAAAUACAUAUGCCUAACAUUGAUAUUUCUCUUCCCAAAGGGAAAACUGAAAGAGAUAUUCAGGUUGAGGGGCAUGGUGGCAAAGGGGGGAAGUUUCACAUGCCCUCAAUUGACAUUUCCCUUCCAAAAAUGAAGUUGCCUGAAGGUGAAGUCAAAGUAGAAGGUCCAAAAGCCAAAGGGGGAAAGAUUGAAAUGCCAAAGAUUGAUAUUUCACUUGCAAAAGGAAAAACAGAAGGGGAAAUAGACAUUGAAGGACAUUCUGAGAAAAAAGGAAAGUUUCACAUGCCCACAUUCGACAUGUCCUUGCCAAAAAUGAAGUCAAAAGAUGGGGACAUUAAAUUAGAGGGUCCAGAAGUGAAAGGCAGUAAAAUACAUAUGCCUAAUAUUGACACGUCUCUUCCAAAGGUGAAGGCAGAAAGUGAUAUUGAGGUUGAGGGGCAUGGUGGUAAAGGGAGAACGUUUCACAUGCCCUCACUUGACAUUUCUCUUCCAAAAAUGAAGUUACCUGAGAGUGAAGUUAAGUUAGAAGGCCUUGAAGCCAAAGGUGGAAAGUUUGAAAUGCCAAAGAUUGAUAUUUCACUCCCAAAAGGAAAAGCAGAGGUAGAAACUGACAUAGAAGGACAUUCUGGUAAAGGAGGAAAGUUUCAAAUGCCCAAGUUUGAUGUGUCACUACCAAAGAUGAAGCACCCAGAGGGUGAUGUCAAAGAAGGCCUUGAAGUCAAAGGUGGGAAGUUUGAAAUGCCCAAAAUUGAAGCAGAGGGUAGGAGUGGAGUCAAGUUACCAACUGUUAAACUGCCAACGGUAGACAUAUCUGCACCGAAGGUUGACUUAGACUUUGGGCUGUCAAAAGCUAAAGGAGAUGAUAGGGAAGAGAUGGAGCUACUAAAAGCAGAGGGUGGUAGGCCAUCCUCUGGGUCAAGUUUUGACAUGCCAGAUGUCUCUCUCAAAAUGCCAAGAUUUUCUCUCCCUAAAUUUGGUAGAAAGUCUAGUGGAAAUGUAAACCUAGAAGGAUAUGGCACAGAGGACGAUAUUGAUAUUAGCCCCCCACGAGUGGAUGGUGAGGGCAGACCAGCAUCAGUGGAAAUAGGCGGAGAAGGAAAAAUAAAAGGUAAACUAAGGAAGCCCAAAAUGAAAAUGCCAACUUUUGGAAUAUCUAAGAAAGAUGUAUCAAUAGCCAGCCCUGAUGUGGAAAUCAAGACAGAAAAGGGGAAAGUGGACAUUCCAACGCCAGGGAUCAGUGUAGAAAAUCCAGCAGACAAAACAAAUAGAAAAUAUAGACUAAAAUUCCCAAAGUUUAAGAGGUCAUCUCCUAAAGGUAAACUACCAGAGGUAGAGAUAGAUGCCUCAUUGGAUAGUGGAAUGGAAGGGAAAGCUGGCUUUCAUGCACCUGAUGUUACAAUCAAAAUGCCCAAGUUCUCCAUGCCAGGGUUUGGCUCAAAGGAGACAGACUUUGACAGGAGUGGGCAAAGUGCUAAACUAGAAGCUAAAGGAAAGGUCAAAAUGCCAUCAGUGGAGAUAUCCUUGCCAGCUGCCAAGACAUCUGAGCAAGAAAUGUUAAUCCCAGAUGUAUCUGAGGCUGACAUCAGUGGUUAUGAAGGAAACCUGAAAAUCCCUAAAAUGCCAACUAUUGAUGUAUCAGCCCCCCCUAUUGAUCUUGAUGUAACUCUGCCUAAAGUCAAGCAUGAAACAAACAUUGACAGGGAGGGAGGCAAAUUUAAAAUGCCAAACAUCAAAAUGCCUGAUAUAGAUGUAUCACGUCCUAUAGGAAAAACUGGUGACAUUGAUGCAUCCAAAGUGAAACUUGAGGGAGGAGGUGGAAAAUUCAAGAUGCCUGGCAUUAAAAUGCCAAAGGUAGACAUAUCACUUCCAAAAGUAAAACAUGGAGAAAUUGAUGUAUCCACGGUGGAAAUUGAAGGAGAAUGUGGAAAAUUCAAGAAGCCACAUAUGGAAAUGCCAAAUUUUGAUAUAUCACUUCCCAAAGGAAAAAGUGGAGGGAUUGAAGGGCCAAAGAUGGAAAUUGAAGGAGGGGGCGGAAAUUUCAAAAUGCCACAUAUGAAAAUGCCAAAGGUAGACUUCUCACUUCCGAAGGGAAACCAUGGAGACAUCAGUGCACCAGAAAUGGAAGGAGAAGGUGGAAAAUUCAAGAUGCCAUAUAUGAAAAUGCCAAAUAUUGAUAUAUCGCUUCCGAAAGGACAAAUUGGAGACAUUGAAGGACCACAGAUGGAAAUUGAAGGAGGGGAUGGGAAAUGCAAGAUGCCACAUAUGAAAAUGCCAAAUGUUGAUAUAUCACUUCCAAAAGGAAAAAGUGGAGAUGUUAAUGCACCUGUAUUGGACAUUGAAGGAGAAGGUGGAAAAUUCAAGAUGCCACAUAUGAAAAUGCCAAAUAUUGCUAUAUCACUUCCCAAAGGAAAAAGUGGAGGGAUUGAAGGGCCAAAGAUGGAAAUUGAAGGAGGGGGCGGAAAUUUCAAAAUGCCACAUAUGAAAAUGCCAAAGGUAGACUUCUCACUUCCGAAGGGAAACCAUGGAGACAUCAGUGCACCAGAAAUGGAAGGAGAAGGUGGAAAAUUCAAGAUGCCAUAUAUGAAAAUGCCAAAUAUUGAUAUAUCGCUUCCGAAAGGAAAAAUUGGAGACAUUGAAGGACCACAGAUGGAAAUUGAAGGAGGGGAUGGGAAAUGCAAGAUGCCACAUAUGAAAAUGCCAAAUGUUGAUAUAUCACUUCCAAAAGGAAAAAGUGGAGAUGUUAAUGCACCUGUAUUGGACAUUGAAGGAGAAGGUGGAAAAUUCAAGAUGCCACAUAUGAAAAUGCCAAAUAUUGCUAUAUCACUUCACAAAGGAAAAAGUGGAGGGAUUGAAGGACCAGACAUGGAAAUUCCGGGAGGGGGAGGAAAAUUGAAGAUGCCACAUAUGAAAAUACCAAAGGUAGACUUAUCAAUUCCGAAGGAAAGGUCUGGAGCCAUCAGUGCACCAGAAAUUGAAAUGGAAGGAGAAGGAGGAACAUUCAAGAUGAAAAUGCCAAAUAUUGAUAUAUCACUUCCAAAAGGAAAAACUGGAGACAUUGAAGGACCAGAAAUGGAAAUGGAAGGACAAAAAUUCAAGAUGCCACAUAUGAAAAUGCCAAAUAUUGAUAUAUCACUUCCAAAAGGAAAAACUGGUGAUGUUAAUGAACCUAAUUUGGAAAUUGAGGGAGAAGGAAGAAAAUUCAAGAUGCCACAUAUGAAAAUGCCAAAUGUUGAUAUAUCACUUCCAAAAGGAAAAACUGGUGAUGUUAAUGAACCUAAUUUGGAAAUUGAGGGAGAAGGAAGAAAAUUCAAGAUGCCACAUAUGAAAAUGCCAAAUGUUGAUAUAUCACUUCCAAAAGGAAAAACUGGUGAUGUUAAUGAACCUAAUUUGGAAAUUGAGGGAGAAGGAAGAAAAUUCAAGAUGCCACAUAUGAAAAUGCCAAAUGUUGAUAUAUCACUUCCAAAAGGAAAAACUGGUGAUGUUAAUGAACCUAAUUUGGAAAUUGAGGGAAAUGGAGGAAAAUUCAAGAUGCCACAAAUUCAAAUGCCAAAGGUAGACUCACUUCUGAAGGGAAAGUCUGGAGACAUCAGUGCACCAGAAAUGGAAAUGGAAAUGGAAGGACGAAAAUUCAAGAUGCCACAUAUGAAAAUGCCAAAUGUUGAUAUAUCACUUCCUAAAGGAAAAACUGGAGACAUUGAAGGACCAGAAAUGGAAAUUCAUGGAGAGGGAGGAAAAUUCACGAUGCCACAUAUUAAAAUGCCAAAUAUUGGUAUAUCACUUCCAAAAGGAAAAACUGGUGUUGUUCAUGAACCUAAUUUGGAAAUUGAGGGAAAUGGAGGAAAAUUCAAGAUGCCACAUAUGAAAAUGCCAAAGGUAGACUCACUUACGAAGGGAAAGUCUGGAGAAAUCAGUGCACCAGAAAUGGAAAUGGAAGGAGGUGGAAAAUUCAAGAUACCAUAUAUGAAAAUGCCAAAUGUUGAUAUAUCACUUCCAAAAGGAAAAAGUGUAGAAAUUGAAGGACCAGGGAUGGAAAUUGAAGGAGGGGGUGGAAGAUUUAAGAUGCCACAUAUGAAAAUGCCAAAUGUUGAUAUAUCACUUCCAAAAAUAAAAUCUGAGGAAAUUAGUGAACCAGAAAUGGAAAUGGAAGGAGGAGGAAAAUGCAAGAUACCACAUGUGAAAAUGCCAAACAUUGAUGUAUCACUUCCCAAAGGAAAAGGUGGAGAAAUUGAAGGACCAGAAAUGGAAAUUUGUGGAGAGGGAGGAAAAUUCAAGAUGCCACAUAUGACAAUACCAAAUAUUGGAAUAUCACAUCCAAAAGGAAAAACUGGAGACUUUGAAGGACCAGAAAUGGAAAUUCAUGGAGAGAGAGGAAAAUUCAACAUGCCACAAAUUCAAAUGCCAAAGGUAGACUUCUCACUUCCGAAGGGAAACCAUGGAGACAUCAGUGCACCAGAAAUGGAAAUGGAAGGAGGAAACUUCAAGAUGCCACAUAUGAAAAUGCCAAAUGUUGAUAUAUCACUUCCCAAAGGAAAAGGUGUAGAAAUUGAAGGACCAGGGAUAGAAAUUGAAGGAGGGGGUGGAAAAUUUAAGAUGCCACAUAUGAAAAUGCCAAAUGUUGAUAUAUCACUUCCAAAAGGAAAAUCUGGGGAAAUGAGUGCACCAGAAAUGGAAAUGGAAGGAGGAGGAAACUUCAAGAUGCCACAUAUGAAAAUGCCAAAUGUUGAUAUAUCACUUCCCAAAGGAAAAAGUGUAGAAAUUGAAGGACCAGGGAUAGAAAUUGAAGGAGGGGGUGGAAAAUUUAAGAUGCCACAUAUGAAAAUGCCAAAUGUUGAUAUAUCACUUCCAAAAGGAAAAACUGGAGACAUUGAAGGAUCAGAAAUGGAAAUUCAUGGAGAGGGAGGAAAAUUCACGAUGCCACAUAUUAAAAUGCCAAAUAUUGGUAUAUCACUUCCAAAAGGAAAAACUGGUGUUGUUCAUGAACCUAAUUUGGAAAUUGAGGGAAAUGGAGGAAAAUUCAAGAUGCCACAUAUGAAAAUGCCAAAGGUAGACUUAUCACUUACGAAGGGAAACCAUGGAGACAUCAGUGCACCAGAAAUGGAAAUGGAAGGAGGUGGAAAAUUCAAGAUACCAUAUAUGAAAAUGCCAAACAUUGAUAUAUCACUUCCCAAAGGAAAAACUGAAGAGAUUAAAGCACCAGAGAUGGAAAUUCAGGCAGAGGGAGGAAAAUUCAAAAUGCCAAAGGUAGAUAUAUCCCUUCCGAAAGGAAAGUUUGGAGAAAUUAGAGCACCAGAAAUGGAAGUCGAAGGAGGAAAAUUCGAGAUGCCACAUGUGAAAAUGCCAAAGGUAGACAUAUCACUUCCAAAAGGAAAAAGUGUAGAUGUUAAUGCACCAGAAUUGGAAAUUGAAGGUGAGGGUGGAAGAUAUAAGAUGCCAGAAAUCAAACUGCCAGAGAUAGAUAUUACAUUGCCAAAGGGAAAAUCUGCUGACAUAGAUGCUGAAAUCAAACAGCCCAACGCUGAGGCAGCAGCAAAGAUUCAAAUGCCUUCGAUUGGCUUACCAAAGUUUACAACUCCCGACCUUGAUUUGGACAUGAAUGUUGGAAAACCCAACCAUGGAGCUGAGGUUCAUGAGAAGAGUUCAGACAAAACUGGUUCCCAUUCAAAGGGAGACCAUAAGAUGAAAAUCAAAAUGCCAACAAUAGACAUAGAGUGCCCAAAAGGAGAUCUGGAGCUGGAUAUAGGCUUCCACAAAGUUGAGGGAAAGAAAGACAGAAAAAUAAUAGAGUUGCCUGACUUAGACCUUAAAACGUCUGGUACCAAAGUUAAGGGGCCGAAAGUCAAAGGCACCAAAUUCAAAAUUGGAAUGCCAAAAAUGAAGAACACUGGAGAUCAAGCAUUUGAUGCAGCCACAAAGAAGACUGAGAAAGAGAAUGAAGGGGCCAGUGGUAGAUUUAUGAUUAAGAGGACAAAGCUUGGCAAAGGUGCAGACGCAGAGGCAGAUGCGGAGGCAGGUGCUUCUGUGUUGCCAAACAUCUUCCUCCCAGAUGUGGGCUUCUCAGUAUCCAAAGGAGCCAGCCAAGAGGGUGAACCUCAUGGUCCAGAGAUUAGUGCCAAAUUGCCAAAAUUCAAACUCCCUAAUGUGGAGAUCUCAGGUCCUUCAGUAGCAGGCCAAGGAGGAGCACAGAUCAACAGCGGACAACAAGAAGACAAAGGUGGUAUCAAGUUUCAAAUGCCUGUGGGGCUGAAGAGUAAACAAGGCCCUGCCGAGUCCACUGGCACAGAUGCCAGCGCCGAGAAUGGAUUCACAUUACCUCAUCUUGGAAUCAAAUCCCCCAAAAUACCAGAUACAGACUUUGAUAUUGGAGCAUCUCAAACUGGGGACCAUGGGGCAGAUACAAGUAUGAGACAAAAAAUGAAAAUACCCGAGUUCGGGGUGGCUUUACCUGCUAUUUCUUCACCUGGAGCCAGAGUACAUUUGAAGGACCCAGAGGUUGAGUGUGAAGGCCCUAAAAUGCCCAAAGUUAAAAAAGCUGUAUUUGUUUUGGUGAAUCCCCAAACAGACCACUCCACUAUGUCCACCCGUGUAGAGUCUGGAGAGGCAAAAAUCAAAAUGCCAAAGAUCAAAAUGAAGCCAUCGUUUGGAAAGUCAGGAUCCAAUGAAAACAGUGCUACUUUGAGCAUUGAAGGAGAUGUGGAUGGAGAUGACAAGUCAAAGGGAGCAAAGCUAAAAAUGCCCAAAGUUACCUUCUCUCCAGGCAAAACGGGUUCAUUUGAUGUAACCCUAAAAGGUGAGGGGUCUAGUUCCAGCCUCAAUGGUGAGAAAGAUCCAACAUUCCAGAAUGGAUCCAAGGAGGAUAAAGUUAAGUUAGGGAAGCUCAAGCUUCCAAAGAUAGAGUUCUCCUCGCCAUAUUCAAUAAUAGGCAGUGGAGAAGAGGACGUUGAAAUGAGUGCUAAGCUUGUCAAUGAGUCCUCAGGAACUGACGGAGAAAUCAAGGGGCCGAAAGUGAAAUUAGGCAAAAUGUCCUUCCCAGGAUUUAAGAAGAAGACAGCAAAAGGAGAGGAGGAAACUCAAGACAAUGUGGUCUCCUCAUCGGCCAGGACAGAAAUGCUAGAUCGGGAUAGUUCAGAAUCCCAAACGCCCAUGGUCUCCAUUGGUUUUGUACCAGGGAAGUCUAGGGGGCAGGCAGUGGCUGAGAGAAGCAAAAAGGAGAUGGAAGAAGGAGAGCAGUCAACCUGGUUCAAGGCCCCCAAAUUCAACCUGAAACCCCACUCGACAGGAAUCCUCCACAUUACACCAGAAGGUUCUCCCCAGGGUAGCAGAUCCUCGCUCCAGUGCCAGGGUUUAGAUGAAACUGCUGGUACCUUCCGGCUCCAGAUACCAAGCAUGCGGUUCUCCACCCACGAGGUGUCUGAGGAGAAUGUUACCACAACAAAGAAGGGAACAGUGACCGUGGUGACAAAGACAACAAAACAUACGGUAACAGAGUCCAGAACUGGUCAAACCCACACAUCGCUAUCCCAUUGUAAUGACUAAAGUCCGAAGAGUAAUAUAUUUUUCCUCUGCCCUGUUGUGUUUUUGUGAUUGUUCCGCCACGUUUUUUUUCCCUUCUAUUUUAGUCUUUAUCACAUUUGAUGAUUUUA